AUGGAGAUCGCCAUUGUUGUCUGCCUCGUACUCCUCUUGCCAUCAUCCAUCUUCUGUUCCAACGGUUCUGUUCUUAGAGGAAAACCCACUUCGGUUGGUUCCGAAACACGAGGAGCAGACUUGUCCGUGCGAAACAGACGCAUCAACUCUGUCAUUGUCAAUGUCCAUAGCUAUGGCGCUCGAGCUGAUGCUCGAACUGACAACUCCAAGGCAUUUCUAGCAGCGUGGAACAAAGCAUGUAAAGCUUCAGGUUCUGUAGUUCUUGUAAUUCCGAAAGGCGUCUACUCUCUUGGUCCUCUUAGAUUUGCCGGACCCUGCAGAAACGUGUCAGAUAUCACCGUCCAUCUCAAGGGUCAUCUGAAGGCGGUGACCGAUCUGUCAAAGUACAGAUCGGGGACCGGUUGGAUUGAAUUUGGAUGGAUAGAUGGCUUAACCUUGACCGGAGGAGGUACCUUUGAUGGUCAAGGAGCCUCAGCUUGGCCUUUUAAUGGCUGCCCCACUGAUUUCAACUGCAAACUCCUCCCGACCAACGUGAAGUUUGUGGGGAUGAAUAGAACAGUUAUAAGAGGGAUAACUUCGGUCAACAGCAAGUUCUUCCACAUAGCAUUAGUAGAGUGCAGAGAUUUCAAAGGGACAAGAAUCAAGAUCUCUGCUCCUUCCGACAGUCCCAACACUGACGGUGUCCACAUCGAACGCAGCUCCAAUGUCUAUUUCUCCCGUUCAAGUAUCGCUACUGGAGAUGACUGUGUCUCGAUCGGGCAAGGAAAUUCUCAGAUAACCAUCACCAGCAUUAGAUGUGGACCAGGCCAUGGCAUCAGUGUUGGAAGCCUUGGAAGAUAUCCGAACGAGAAGGACGUGAAGGGACUCGUGGUAAGAGACUGCAGAAUGAUUGGUACCACGAACGGAAUCAGGAUCAAGACAUGGGCUAACUCGCCUGGUUUGAGCUCGGCGACCAACAUGACAUUCAAGAACAUCAUCAUGAACAAUGUCACCAAUCCCAUCAUCAUCGAUCAAUCCUACUGUCCAUUCUCUUCCUGCACGUCCAAGGUACCGUCGAGGGUGAAGCUGAGUGAUAUAUACUUCAAGAACAUAAGAGGGACAUCAUCGUCGGCCAUUGCAGUUCAGCUGCAUUGUAGCAGAGGCAUGCCUUGUCAGAAUGUUUACCUCGAAAACGUUCAUCUUGAUUUGUCUUCAUCAGGAGGAAGAAGACAAGCUUCUGCUUCUUCUUCAUGCAGAAACGUGAGAGCCAAAUAUAUUGGAACGCAGAUUCCUCCACCAUGUCUCUGAUAUGAUCUCAU